UUUCAACCCUUCUGUCAAAAUCUCGCCUUUGGGGGGAUCGACCGAGCAAUGGAGAAGGUAGGAGAAGAGGGGAUACUGAUCGACAUCCUCUCAAGAUUGCCCGUCAAAUCUCUUCUUCGAUCCAAAUGCGUCUGCAAGCAAUGGCGUUCCCUCAUCUCCGAUCCCGAAUUCGCCGAAUUACAGCUCGGGAGAUCGAAGGAGCAUAACCCCAACGCCUGCCGCAGGGUCCUCUGGCUCAACAAUCCCAUCCGGUCGAUAGACUGCGAAAGUUUAAGCUGCUCCAACGAAGGCACUACAGUUAGAGAUAUCAAGCAUCCAUCAAUAGUUUCUAGCCUGGAAUCGUUCAUAGAGAUCGUGGGUUCGUGUAAUGGCCUGGUAUGUUUGCUUGUUGAUUUUAAAAGUUUCAUCCUGUGGAAUCCGACAACCGGUGCUUGUAAUGAGCUGCCCAGCCCUAGCUCCGAUAUCUCGGGACGUGAAUACUUCUAUGGGUUCGGUUAUGAUUCCUCAACAAAUCACUACAAGUUGUUCAAGGGUUCAUCAGCCUGCUAUGGUUUUCUAUCGGAUAAUACUAUUGUCGAGAUAUACUCCUGCAAGACUAAUUCCUGGAGGAGGAUGAAGUAUGAAUUCAUUCCUUAUGUUACCUCAAGAGGACUUUUUCUGAAUGGAUCUCUGCAUUGGCUAGUAGGAAGAGAUUGUAGUGAUUUGGACAGUAUGAUCGUCUCAUUCGAUGUAGCGGACGAGACAUUUGGGAGGCUGGUGUCCCCAUUGUUGCUCGAUCUGGAUACAGUUCUUGAAGGUUUAAUGAUUUUAGAAGAUUGUCUCUUUGUAUAUCAAGAUAACUGGACUGGAUUCAAUAGUUUCACUUUUGAGGGUUGGAUACUGAGAGACUAUCCAGUAAAAUCAUCCUGGACCAAGUAUUGCAGCUUUUUGAUCGAGGAGUCCCCUGCUCAGCACUAUUUAUGGGACCCACUUUGGUUUCGGAAGGAUGGGAAAGUUCUCUUUCAUUUAGGGCAUGUGGCUAACUAUUUUUGAUCCAGACAAAGGUACAAGGGAUUGCCUUAAGAUCGGCGAGUAUUCCCUGCAAUUUGAUUACGAGGAUUAUGUUGAGAGUCUAAUAUCUCCUUUCGCAAACUGUCAAGUCAGGUGAUCCAAGGAAGCCUAUUAAAGGAUUUAGUGGUUGGUCACGGCUUUGUUAUUGCCUGCACGUCAUCAACCAAUGAGUAUCACAUAUUUUGGUUAUUCCAUGCUUAAUGCGUAUGAAUUCAAAGUUAUCUGUGAACCAAACUAUUGGGACUUCUAAAGCCCAUCCUAGCAUGGUCAAUUUGUCACAAGAAGACAACAUAAUGACCUGUCAGCCCCGUGCUCUGCCCUAAACUUUGGAGGACCAACCCCGUUUUGCUGUACUGCCACCAGAGGGGCAGGGCUAGGGGCAAGGAAAAGCUCAUGUUUUGCAAGAUGAACAGUCUUCAAAGUUUGCUGCGGUUAUAAUGGGAAGUCCGAAUCUUAAAAGAUCAAGAGAGAAGGAUAAGUUGGAGCAGCAGAACAUGCUAAAAUACGUAUAUCAGGUUAACUUGCUUUUAUGUUCUAUGAUAAUAAAUGUCCUCUGCUGGUGAAAUUAAAUUCUGUUAUUCUACUCUAUUACUUUCUCGAUUUUUGGUACUUUCUCGAUUGUUGGGAGGAAGUACUCUGUUUCCAGUUGUAAAAAGACUAAUUUUUUUAUCAGGAGAAAAUUGACUACAAAGUUAGUGUUAUAUUGCGCAAUUUCAUUGAUGUAAAGAAUUUGGUCUGUGUCAACGUGAAUAUAUGGAUUAAGCAUUGUGCGGGUUAAUUUUCUUCUGUUCAUGCAAAACUGUCCAUUGAAAAUGACCGGUACAUGGCAAGACGCGCCAUUUUUAAUGCAAUGCUGAUAUUAGAGUCCUGUUUCUCCCUGGAAA